AUGUUUCAAAUUUCCAUGAAAUUUCAGAUUCCUUGUUACAUGGGCUUUCAACUUUUUUUUUCAAUUCAACACGUUCCCUCAUCAAAACUCUUGAUUCAUUGCCACAAAAACUAUAUGUACACCUGCAUGACAACACAAACACAUGGAAGGUGCAGCAUUCCGCGCGGAAAAAGAAAACACAAAGUUGUGUCUGCCGACCGUAUAAAACGAGAAGUCUUGCGCAACAGCACCCCCCCCCCCCCCCACCUAUUGAGGUUCUACCAUAUGUUUGCACACGCGCCUACUCUUGUUAGCUCCCCCGCCGCUGGACAUCAGCUGUUCCGAGCAGUUUCGUGGAAAUAG